AGGAAGAAGUGGCUGGUUCCACUAUGUGUGCGUCAGCCAAAUAUAACACUCGGGGUCCAGCCCUCAUUCCAAGAAUGAAGACUAAGCACCGCAUCUACUACAUCACUCUGUUUUCCAUUGUCCUGCUUGGCCUCAUUGCCACAGGCAUGUUCCAGUUCUGGCCACACUCCAUUGAGUCAUCCAGUGACUGGACAGUGGAGAAGCGUAGUGUCCAUGAUGUGCCUGUGGUAAAGCUGCUGGCUGAUAGUCCCAUUCCAGAGCGGGGGGACCUCAGCUGCAGGAUGCACACCUGCUUUGAUGUCUAUCGUUGUGGCUUCAAUCCCAAAAACAAGAUUAAGGUUUAUAUAUAUUCGCUGAAGAAGUACGUAGAUGAGUAUGGGACACCAGUCAGCAACACCAUCUCUCGGGAGUACAAUGAGCUGCUGACAGCCAUCUCUGACAGUGAGUUCUACACGGAUGAUGUCAACAGGGCUUGCCUCUUUGUGCCGUCCAUAGAUGUGUUGAACCAGAACACGCUCCGAAUCAAGGAAACAGCUCAGGCUUUGGCACAGUUAUCCAGAUGGGAUCGAGGCAUAAACCACUUGUUGUUCAACAUGCUGCCUGGGGGCCCACCGGAUUACAACACAGCAUUGGAUGUUCCCAGAGAUAGGGCUCUGUUGGCUGGAGGAGGCUUCUCCACGUGGACCUACCGACAAGGCUAUGAUGUCAGCAUUCCUGUUUAUAGCCCGUUGUCUGCAGAGGUUGAAUUGCCAGAAAGAGUACCCGGUCCCCGCAGGUACUUCAUCCUUUCAUCACAAAUGGCUUUGCACCCAGAGUACCGCUUUGACUUGGAGGCUCUUCAAGCUGAGAAUGGGGAAUCUGUGCUGAUUCUGGACAAAUGCACAAAUCUUUCAGAGGGAGUCCCAUCUGUUCGUAAACGUUGUAACAGGAACCAGGUCUUUGAUUACCCUCAGGUGCUUCAGGAAGCUACAUUUUGUGUCGUGCUGCGUGGUGCCCGCUUGGGGCAGGCUGUGUUAAGUGAUGUGCUUCAAGCUGGUUGUGUCCCUGUGAUCAUUGCUGACUCCUAUAUUUUACCUUUCUCCGAAGUUUUGGACUGGAAGAGAGCCUCUGUUAUAAUACCAGAAGAAAAGAUGCCUGAAAUGUACAGCAUUCUGCAAAGCAUUCCCCAACGACAGAUUGAAGAGAUGCAGAGACAGGCAAGAUGGUUCUGGGAAGCUUAUUUUCGGUCAGUGAAAGCAAUUGCUUUGGCGACCCUUCAGAUUAUCAAUGACAGGAUCUACCCAUAUGCUGCCAUAUCUUAUGAAGAAUGGAACGAUCCCCCAGCUAUUAAAUGGAGCAGUGUGAGCAACCCACUCUUCCUUCCAUUGAUCCCACCACAGUCUCAAGGCUUCACAGCUAUAGUAUUGACUUACGACCGGGUGGAGAGUCUCUUCCGAGUCAUCACUGAAGUGUCCAAGGUGCCUAGUCUAUCCAAGUUGCUGGUUGUCUGGAACAACCAAAAUAAGAAUCCACCAGAAGAUUCUCUGUGGCCGAAGAUUCGGGUUCCGCUGAAGGUGGUUAGGACCUCAGAAAACAAGCUUAGUAAUCGCUUUUUCCCGUAUGAUGAGAUUGAAACAGAGGCAGUAUUAGCCAUUGAUGAUGACAUCAUCAUGUUGACCUCAGAUGAACUGCAGUUUGGUUAUGAGGUUUGGCGGGAGUUUCCUGAUAGGCUGGUUGGAUAUCCUGGUCGCCUACAUCUCUGGGACCAUGAGAUGAACAAAUGGAAGUAUGAGUCAGAAUGGACCAAUGAAGUCUCUAUGGUGCUCACAGGGGCAGCUUUUUAUCACAAGUAUUUUAACUACCUUUACACCUACAAAAUGCCUGGAGACAUCAAGAACUGGGUGGACGCUCACAUGAACUGUGAAGACAUUGCUAUGAAUUUUCUAGUGGCAAACGUUACGGGCAAAUCGGUUAUUAAGGUGACCCCACGAAAGAAAUUUAAAUGUCCAGAAUGCACGGCCAUAGAUGGGUUAUCGUUGGACCAGACGCACAUGGUAGAAAGAUCCGAAUGCAUCAAUAAGUUUGCCUCUGUCUUCGGGACCAUGCCUCUGAAAGUGGUAGAGCACCGUGCAGAUCCUGUCCUCUACAAAGAUGACUUCCCUGAGAAACUGAAGAGCUUCCCUAAUAUUGGCAGCUUGUAAAAGGUGGUUACGAGACUAAAAAAAUGCAAAAACAGUGACUGGUGCUAAGACAAGCUCAAGGCUCUGAAGGAAAAUGCAGAGAGGGGGCUUUAGCGUGAGCAAAGGAAGAUUGAUACCAGGCUUCUGGUAUACCUGUCCUUCCUGCACAGUGUAUAAGACUGUAAUGCAGAGCCAUGGAGUUCUUUCCUUGUUGCACAUUUACACGGGAUUGACUCUAUUUAUGGUUCCACUGAAAAUGCCAGUAAAAUGCCAGGAAAAUCCCCUCCCCCUGAGUGGAGGCUGCACAUCUGGAAGAAUAAAACAGCAUCUUACUUUGUAGGGGCUAGCUGGCAUGUUUCAUCUCUUUUAAACAGUCUCGCCCUUCUUUAUUUUAGUGCAUCUACCAAAUAUGAGAGCAAACUGUUUUUAAUACUGGCUGCAGUAUCCAGCCUGUUUUUUUCCAUGAGGCUGCCUGCAUCUGUUGAGAUGAGUUGUUGGUUUUAAGUAAUUGUGCAACAAGCUUUUCUGACUUUUUAGGCUUAGGAAGAUAAAUGUUUAUUUUUUAUUUAAAAAAUCACAAGCUUUUGUUGCAGGGCUUCAGGGGCUAAACAUUUUGUAUUAAGUGAUUGCAAUGAGAGUUGAUGCUGAUGGCAGCCAAGAGGGACGUUAUCCUUAACUUAAAGAUUUGUGGGAUAUACUUUCUGUCACUACACUUCUUUCCUAUAUAUGAGUCUCAGGUUUUCUACUGUUGCUGUAGAAGAUAAUUUUACCUAGUAUAAAAUGCAGUCCUUUUUUUUU